GGAUCAUGACAGCAAGAUUCAACUCAAAAGGAAGGAAAGUUAUAAUCAUGCAAUGCUAUGCUAGGCACCUACAAAUAAUAGAAUGCAGAUGAAGAGAAGAAGGAGGAAUUCUACAGACAACUGCAACCAGUACUGGACAAGACCCCACCUCAGAUGGCGACAUCAGAAUUCUAGUGGGUGGGGUGACAUGAAUGGGAAACUGAGAGAGGACAACACAGGAAGAGAACAAACCAUGGGUCGAGAAGCACUUGGUGAAAUGAUGAGUGAGAAUGGAGAACUGUUUGUAGAAUUCUGUGCAUUCAACGAUUUGAUGAUUAGAGUCAGGCAGUGUGUACAAGCACAAGGAUAUUCACAAGGCAGCGACAUGGAUUUGAUUUCACCAGAUGGACACACUAAAAAUCAGAUCUUAAUGUGAAGAAAGGGUGGACGCAGCCUAUUGGACACAAGAUGAGAUCAAGAAGGGGAGUAGGUGUAGGUUCACACCAAUCACUGUCUAGUGCAAGGAGGAACCCACCCUCAAAAUCAAGUUGAAAGCCUUCGACGAAGAAGUUGGUGAUAGACCACAGUUCAAGUUGAACACCCAGAAGAGAAAUUGGACUGAAUGACGAGACUAAAAAGGAUAUCUUCACGUCAGCCAUCAAGACAAAAUGGGAGAUAUAGAGCAACAUCCCUGAAGCAACCUGCGUGGAAGAACACUGGAACUCUU